GAGAUGAGAGUACGCCAGGGGCCUAGCUGGGGGCCACCGGACGGGUCGCAGGUUGCGGAUAGCGAACGGCCUCCUCUAUUCCUCUUUUUUUUUUUUUUUUUGGGAGGUUAGCUGUGAAUAAUGAAUAAACAGCCCCGGACAGCCAGCGGAUAAUACGGCUGUGUAUCCGUGUUAUCGACCAGUCGCUUGUGGGGCCGUCUGUUAAAAUUAUAGCCCUACACACGCUCCUUCACACUCCCCCCUCCCUUUACCUUCCCUUUUCCAUCCUCUCAUCUCACUCCGGGCUGGACUAACGUGUUAAUCGUGCCGUGCCGAGAGUCGGACCAGGCUGAAAGUCCCGGAUCAACAAAAAGUUCAGUCGCUAACGGCGUGCUCAGGCAAAAUGGCGACCGCCUGUUCUAAAUUCUUAACGCCUUACCCGGGCACGGCGGAUCUCUGCCCGGGCGGACCUCGUAUUUCUCCGCAACUCGUGGGAAUCACUAGCAAACAAUUAAAAUGAGUAGAAGAAACUUUAAAACAAAAACAUACCCAAAAAAAAAUUAUACUAAAAAUCAGCACAAAUUUAAGGGCACCAAAAAUAUGAGCGAAUAUGCUGCAACUGGACAAGAAACGGAGAGAAAAACUGCGGGAAUCCCCGCCAGAUAUCAGCCUGAGGAGAGAGGAAUUCCCUCUAGAAACUGUCAGCCUGAGGAACGGACAACUCCUUCUAGAAACUAUGCGUACCAAGAAAGAGGAACUCCAUCUAGAUACUGUCAGUCUCCAGAACAGGGAAUCUCACCAAGAUUCUAUCAGCCUGAGGACGAGGGCAAUAUCUCAAGGAACUAUCAGCCUGAGCAGGUGGGAAGUUCCUCUAGAAACUACCAGGCCCAAGAGAGGGAAAUCCCCUCAAUAUUCAAUCAGUCGCAAGCAGAGGGAAUGCCAUCAAGAUUCAGAUAUCAGCCUGAAGAACAGGGAACUCCUUCUAGGAACUAUCAGUCCCAAGAACGGGGAACUCUCUCUAGAUACUGUCAGCCUGAAAACAUUCCAGCUGGAGAAGCAUCAUUAAUGCCGGAGCAAUUCCAGCGCAGUCCAGAUAACAGGCGAGGAUCGGGCUAUGAUCUAAAUUUAGAGAGAGAUCCUGCUGGCUUCCAAAAGCGCUACAAUCCUAGUUCAGAGAGGCAGCUAUAUACCAGUCGAGAGUUCUCUCCAGAACGUAACUACAGUCGCAGUCCGGCACGAGAUCUUGGAUGCAUGUCACCAGUGGGCGCAGGUUCCAGGCGUGGCAUGGGCGCAGACGCACGACCUCCAGAAGAAAAGGUCAUAAGGCCGGAUAAGCGCAUGCUGAAAGGAGAAACCACUCAAGGAAGUGCCAGGAAGCGUAGACGAGAAAAAUUGCCGGGAUUGGGAGAGCCGGGAGGUCGGGAUGAUCCCAACAGGAAGUAUCUCUGUGGCUCUCGCACCAAGUGGUAUUUGCGCUAUCUGAAAGCUGGCUAUCCGCCGGAUGAAGCCAUCAAAAUGGCCAAAGAAGCUAAACAGCCGGCAACGCAGUUUAAAUUAAAUUCAAUUAAUCCCGAUGUGGAGAAACAAGAGGAGCCAGUAAUUCAAGCAAAUGAACCUGCUAGAUCAAACGAAAGAUGCCAGGAUCCCUUGAAGUUAUUCCUCCUGCCACUGGGCUAUCCAAAGAUCACGCUCACCUAUCAGCAAAACCUCAAUCUGGAGGAGGCCAUCACCAUGGAGGUGGCCUCAUCCCGCUUGGGCGUUCCCCUGCGUUUUACAUCAAUUGCAUUUAAAAAGGGCUUUCUGGAGGUCGAGUGUUACAAUAAAAUCUCUGCCGACUGGCUGAUGGAGACGGUAUCCAAGUUAACCGCAUAUCAAGGUCCUCGAGUGGAAGCCAAGUACCAAAUACCAACAGAGGAGCAGUUUUUAAUCAAAGCCUUCCUGCCACGAAGCGCUGAGAAAUCCGAUGCAGAUAUCCUCCAAUUACUAAAAUCCCAAAAUUCAUACGACAUCGAUUUGUGGACUUUAGUUUAUCGCCAGAAACGAGAUGAUGGUGUCUUUGUUCACUUGAAAAUCGAUAAGAAAAGUGCUUACAAUAUUGCCGAAAAAAAUGAUCACACACUCUUUUAUCGCUUGGGCAAAAUUCCAGUUCGUGGUCUCAAUAAAAUUGAUUUUACCUCAGAAGAAUUUGAAGAGUAUGCUGGAGCUGUUGAUUGACACUACUAAAGAAAAGUUGCUUCCAAUUAUCAUUGUCAAACAAAAUAUGUGUAAAAUAAAUGCGGUUUUUAGUGUGCCAAAAUAAAAAAA